CAUCAUUUGUGGGGUUGAUCCUAUCCACGAAGAGCUCCCUCUCCCCCUGAUCUCGGAGGAGCUUGCUGCUGCCUGGAAACAUGGCCAAUGUUGGUUCAGGGAAGACGGUUCUUUUCCACCAGGAAGAUCCAAAAGGUCUCACCUACCGCAUCCCAGCUCUGCUCUACCUGCCAUCCGAGUCUACUUUCCUGGCAUUUGCUGAGGAGCGCUCAACUCCCAGAGAUGAAAAUGCCAAGUUCCUGGUGAUGAGACGAGGGCGGAAGGAAGGAAUGUCCGUCCAGUGGGGCCCUCAGAAGUCUCUGAUGGAAGCCACGUUGCCCAGACACCGCACCAUGAACCCUUGCCCCGUGUUCGAGAGGAAGAGCGGGCGAGUUUUCCUGUUCUUCAUCUGCGUGGAGACCCACGUCACGGAACGGCACCAGAUCUUAACAGGGAGGAACGCCGCUCGGCUCUGCUACGUUGUCAGCCAAGAUGGCGGCCGCACCUGGAGCCAGACAACCGACCUGACAGAGCAGGUGAUCGGCAAACAGUUGAGGAAGUGGGCCACCUUUGCGGUUGGGCCUGGUCACGGCCUGCAGCUGAGUUCCGGCCGCCUGGUGAUCCCGGCUUACGCCUACUACAUCCACAAGCGAUGUUUCGGGCACGCGCUCUACUGCGGGACCAAACCUCAUUCCUUCGUGUUCUACAGCGAUGACGGUGGGCAGAGUUGGGCCCGAGGACAGCUCCUGAUGCACUUGCACACAUCCGAGUGCCAAGUUGCAGAGCUGACCCGCCGGGACAAUAGCCAAGUGCUGUACUGCAACGCCCGCAGCCCCGACAGGUUCCGGGCCGAGGCUUUCAGCACAGAUGGCGGAGAACACUUUGAGGAAGGGUACCUCUCCGAGGACUUGUGUGAGCCGCCCAGUGGCUGCCAGGGCAGCGUGGUGAGCUUCUUCCCUCAGCCGGAGGGUAGCUCUCGUUUCUCUUCGGCCUCGCUCAGCAGCACAAAGUCCUGGCUGGUGUUCUCUCACCCCACAAACUGUCACCAGCGCUUGGAUUUGGGCAUCCACCUGAACACGUCCCCGUUGGAAAAAGACUCUUGGCGCCCUCCCUGGGUGCUGUACAAAGGUCCCAGUAGCUACUCGGACCUGGCUGUGUGCCAAGAAGCGGGGAACACACUGGUGUUUGGGUGCUUGUUUGAGUGCGGGGUGCACUCCCCCAUUGAAGAAAUUGCGUUCCAGCUCUUCACCACUGCCGAGCUUUUGAGGAACGUGAGGGAAGGAUGAUGUUGCGACAUAUCUCUCUCUCUCUCUCUC